AUGAAGUACGUGGUGGUUUCCGGCGGCGUGGUCUCGGGAUUAGGGAAAGGCGUGACGGCGUCUUCGGUCGGCGUGAUGCUCUCCGCGGCGGACUACAGAGUGACGCACAUAAAAAUCGACCCGUACAUAAACGUGGACGCCGGGACGAUGUCGCCGUUUGAACACGGGGAAACGUACGUUUUGGACGACGGGGGAGAGUCGGAUUUGGAUUUAGGAAACUACGAACGGUUUUGCGAUAUCAACUUGACCAGGGACCAUAACAUCACGACCGGGAAAGUGUAUCAGUCGGUGAUCGAGAGAGAACGGGAAGGGAAGUAUUUAGGGAAAACCGUGCAAGUGAUUCCACACGUGACGGAUGAAAUCCAGGAUUGGAUCGAACGCGUCGCGCAUAUUCCGGUGGAUGGGAAGGAAGGCCCACCGGACGUGUGCAUCGUCGAGCUGGGUGGGACGGUUGGAGACAUCGAGAGCAUGCCUUUUAUCGAAGCUUUGAGGCAGUUUCAGUUUCGCGUCGGGCCGGAAAAUUUUUGUUUAGUGCACGUGAGUUUAGUCCCAGUCGUUGGUUCCGUCGGCGAGCAGAAGACGAAACCGACCCAACACUCGAUUCAAGCGCUGAGAAGCGCGGGAUUGGCGCCGACGAUGUUGGCCUGCAGAAGCUCGUCCGCGUUGGAUAAAGCGGUGAUGGAGAAGUUGGCGUUGUUUUGCCACGUGAGCCCGAACAAUAUUUUGAACUUGAUCGACGUUUCGAAUAUUUGGCACGUGCCGUUGAUUAUGGUGGAACAGAAAGCGCAUUUGGCUAUUCUCGGGCACUUGCAGAUGAAGCCGAGACCGUUAAAGUUGGAAGCGUGGAAACACAGAGCGGAAAAGUGGGAUAGCGUGCACGUGCCGUGUUCGAUUGCGGUGGUUGGGAAGUACACCGGCUUGGGCGAUUCGUAUUUAUCCGUGACGAAGGCGUUGAUGCAUUCAUCAAUCGCGUGCGAUAGAAAGUUGAAGAUUUUAUGGAUCGAGGCUGAAGAUUUGGAAGAAGAGUCUAAACAAGCGAACGAAGAUAAGUACGACGAAGCGUGGGCAAAAUUGAAAAGGGCGGAUGGCGUGUUAGUGCCUGGUGGUUUCGGCGGCAGAGGCGUGGAAGGGAAGAUGUGCGCGGCAAAGUACGCGCGAGAGAACGAAAUCCCGUACUUGGGCAUUUGCUUGGGCAUGCAAGUCGCGGUAAUUGAGUUUGCCAGGAACGUGUGCGGCCACGCGGACGCGCACUCGACGGAGAUGGACCCGACAACGGAGCAUCCGGCGGUUAUUUUCAUGCCGGAAGGAUCCAAGACGCACAUGGGCGGUACCAUGCGUUUGGGCGCGCGAGAAACUAUUUUUCAAACGAAAGAGUGCGUGUCGUGGAGAUUAUACGGUAAGAAAGACGCGGUCGCGGAGAGACAUCGACACCGGUACGAGGUGAAUCCGGAAAUGGUGGACGAGCUUGAGCAAAAAGGGUUGCAUUUUGUCGGGAAAGACGAAACCGGAACGAGAAUGGAAAUUUGCGAAUUGGCCAAUCAUCCGUUUUUCGUGGCGUGCCAGUACCACCCGGAGUUCAAAUCGCGACCGGGGAGACCGAGCCCGAUGUUUAUGGGUUUGUUAUUGGCGGCGAGUGGACAGUUGGAGUCGUACGUCUCCGACGAAGCCGUCGAGUUAAGAAUUUCAAUGGGGAACAUGAUGCGUUCGCCGAUAAAAUCGAUCAAAGCGGCUGGGUUGUACGUCGGAGGCACGGACUGA